UUUUCUUCUUCGUUUUGAAAAAACACAUUUAAAAACCUUUCUUUGUCCAUGAAUACGGAAAAUCAAACCAACUAUUCGAUUCAUAAAGCCUCUCCUUUCGAUCGAUUCUCGCCCCCAUAAAUCUCACUUUAGCUCUUCUUGACCCUUCUCUUCAUAGCUGUCCACUUCUGCUCAGAACAUCUCUGUACAAUCUGUCUCGACUCUCCACAACAAUGGCGGCCUCCAUACAGUAUAGGCCACAAGAAAGGGGCCAUGGGAUGGUGAUGAAGGAGAACGAUGAUGAUCUUGCUCUGUUCCUUGAGAUGCAGAACAGCGAAAAGGAGCGGAAGGACCUGCUUUUUCAGAACUCCAAUGAGUUAGACAAUCAAUUAGGAUCAAAACAAGACAGGUCUCAGAUAACUAAGAUACCCUUAAGAUUGCCUGUGAAAAUGGACCGGCUGGAUGAUUUUCUGAACUCGGAGAACAACAAAACAGAUUAUGAUUGGCUUCUUACACCACCUGGAACUCCACUUUUCCCUUCGGCAGAAGUAGAAUCUCAGAAAACUGUAAUAAAUCAGACUGGGAUCUCUCAUUCUCAGGCCACUGCUCUGAAGUCUAGGCUUGCAAAGCCGCUGGCAGAGCCUGCUUCAAGGAAUAAUAUGAUGUCUUGGCAUCCAUCUUUGUCUACUAGGUCAAGCUCUUCUGGUGCUCGAAAUAGAAGGCCGUCUUUGGUGGGAUCGACAUUAACUGCUUCUAGACCAGCAACACCAACCGGACGACCCACUUUACCCGUGAUAUCAAAGCUUGCAAGAUCCUCCACGCCUACUCUACGAGCAACGUUGUCUUCCACUAAGACCACAGCUCGUCCAGUUCGAUCUUCAACUCCAACAAGGUCUACUGUGCGUUUGUCUACUCCAAUUGCCAAAGCCUCUGUAACAUCAGCUUCCAAUUCAAUAUCAAGAUCAGCAACACCAACCAGUUGGUCAUCAACUCCGUCUAGCACGCCUAGCACAUCUGCUCCUCCUAGUAGGUCUUCUUCCGUGACAAGGUCAGGUCAAGCAACAAUGAAAAAUAUGGUACCAUCACGUGGUACUUCUCCAACAGUGAGAUCUAGGCCACGGAAACCUUCUGAGAUGCCUGGUUUAUCCCAUGAUGCUCCUUCGAAUUUAAGGACAUCAAUUCCUGAAAUACCUGCUUCACCUUCCAGGGGUAGACCAGGUGCACCGAGUACUCAAUCCUCUUCUAUUGAGACUAGCUCUAAUGGAAGAACGAGACAGCAAUCAUGCUCUCCUUCCAAGGGUCGAGCACCACAUGGUAAUGCAUAUAACAAUGGCAGCUCCGUGCCUUCAAUGAGGCGAACACAUUCCAGUACUAGUGACGAUGUGAGCCCUGGGUUGAUUGGAACUAGGAUGGUUGAAAGAGUAGUGAACAUGAGGAAACUAGCUCCACCGAAGCAAGAUGAUCACCUCUGUGGUCAUAAUUACCCCAUAGGGAAGUCUCUAUCAUCUCAGGACAGCUCUGGUUUUGGAAGGACACUUUCCAAAGAAUCUUUAGACAUGGCUUUGAGGCAUAUGGAUAUAAGGCCAAGGCGAAGCAUUCCAGGUAAUCUACGCCCACUAAAGACGAACAUCCCAGCUUCUUCUAGGUUCAACGUGAGAACAGGGUCCACAAAAAGUCCAACAGUUGGUGUUUUGGACUCUCCUCUUGGCACAAGCAGCAAUGCCAGUUCCGAGCCUAGUGUCAACAAUAAUUCACAUUUUUUAGAUGGGAGUGAAGUGGAAGACAGUGAUCUGGGCAGUGAUAGAGCACACUCCUCUCCUGCCAGCCAAUAGGUGACGGGUAAGAUUUGUAGUCACAAAACAUGGACUAAAUCUGCGCGUUCAGAUUGUUUUGACCUGUUUAUGUUUACUUGCAAGUUAAAUCAGAAAGAGAGGAGGUAUCUAAUAUUUUUUUCCAAAAUUUAUUUGGAAAGUUGUAGCUGAAUAUAUUUUUCAGGAUCCUUUGUAAUAUUAGUAAGAACUAUUUGUAAUUAAAAUGUGAUAAUUGAAAUUAAAUUGCUGC